AUGGAUAUUAAUGAUGAGGGAGAAAUAGAAGCUGGAGAGGAAGGAGGUUAUGACCAAGACUUUCUCAAUUUGAAAGAUAAAUAUAAACAACAACAACAACCAUCUUCAACAUCGUCGCCGUCAUCAUCUUAUCAACAACAAAAGAGAGAAUAUUCUUCAAGAGAUGGUGGAGGAAGUGGUGGAAGAGGAGAUUACAAUAAUCGUCAACGAGAUGACCAUGGAAGAGGAGGAGACAACAAUCAUCAUGGCAACAAUGAUAGACGUGACAAUCGCAGUGGUGGUGGUGGAAGAGACAACAACAAAGAUAGAAUAGACAAUAGAGAUAGAGAUAGAGAUAGAGAUCAUAGAUCAGACCGAAGAGAUCAUAGAGAUGACCGAUCAUCAGGAGGAGGAGGAGAUAGAGACAAUCAUCAUCGUGGUGACCGUGAUAGAGAUAACAAUAGAGGAGAUAGAGAUAGAGAUAGAGACAGAGGUGAUAGAUCGGGAGGAGACAGAGAGUCUCGUAGAGACCGUGACCGUGGAGGAGACAGAGACAGAGAAAAAGAAAGAAAACGUAGUAGGAGUAGAAGUGGAGACAGAGGUGAUCGAUCAGGAGGAGGAGAGAGAGAUAGAGACAGAGACAGAGAUAGAAAAAGAGAAAAGACAUCUGAUGGUUCUAGAAAAUCAUCGACAUCCACAUCAUCAUCAUCAUCUAAAAAGGAUAGUAGUCAUCGCUCAUCAAAAGAUGAUCAAAAUAUCAAUAAUAAUAAUAAUGCUAUCGAUGAAGGUGGUGAACCAGUUGAAUCUGGACUAGAUCCAGAAGAAGAAGAAAUGAUGAGAGCAUUGGGAAUACCAGUUGUAUUCUCAACUACUAAAGGAAAAAAAGUUGAAGGAAAUAGUCAAGGUGGAAUGACAGUUAGAUUUAAUAGACAAUUUAAACAAUUUAUGAACAAGGUUAAAAAGGUUCCAGCUGGUCAACUUCCUCCUCCUCCUCAUCAUCAUGGUCACCAUUAA